AUGAUGUCCAAUAUGUUUGUUGCCGCCUUGAUGAUGGCCGGUGUCCUGGCUCAGCCCGUCCAGCACGUCCACAAGCGUGAUAACGUUUUUGUCACUGUUAUGGAGACUCACUACGUCACCGCCGGUGUCCCCGCCGCCUCCCCCGUCGAGAACCCGGUCGCUGUUCAGGCUAACGUCGACACCCAGAGCGCCGUCCCCACUAUCUCUGCCCCUGAGCUCAAGGCCGUCUCCGAUGCUUCUGUUGUUGUUGCCCCCGCCUCCACUGCUGCUGCCGCUGCCGCUGCCGAAACCUCCUCUUCUAGCAGCUCUGGCUCCAGCUCUGGCUCCGUCUCUGUCGGCAGCGGUGGUGCUCUCGGCAUCAGCUACUCUCCUUACAACGACAACGGCUCUUGCAAAUCUGCCUCCGAGGUCGCCUCCGACCUUGCUCAGCUCACCGGCUUCUCUGUCAUUCGUUUGUACGGUACCGACUGCAACCAGGUCGCCAACGUCUAUGCUGCCAAGAGUGCUAACCAGAAGCUCUUCCUUGGUGUCUACGACAUGGGCAACAUCGCCAACGACUGCCAGGCUAUGCACGAUGGCAUUAACGGCGACUGGGGCUGCGUCCAUACCGUUUCUAUCGGUAACGAGCUCGUCAACUCUGGCCAGGCCUCCGUCAGCCAGGUUGGUGGCUACGUUGCCCAGGGCCGCAGUGCUCUCAAGGGUCUUGGCUACACUGGCCCCAUUGUUGCCGUUGAUACCUUCAUUGCCGUCAUCAACAACCCUGGUCUCUGCGAGUUCUCUGACUACAUGGCUGUCAACGCCCAUGCUUUCUUUGAUGGUAACACUGUUGCUUCCAACGCCGGUCCCUGGGCUGUCGACCAGACCCAGCGUGUCUGGACUGCUUGCGGCGGUGCCAAGUCUGUCCUCAUCUCCGAGUCUGGCUGGCCCAAGCAGGGUUCCAACAACGGUGCUGCUAUCGCUUCUCCUGAAGCUCACGAUGCUGCUAUCAGCUCCCUCAAGAACUCCAUCAGUAACGAUGUCAUCCUCUACUCUGCCUUCAACGACAUGUGGAAGAACCCUGGUUACCUUGGAGUUGAGCAGUACUGGGGCAUUUACUAA